CGUCUGAAAACUUUCGCGUCCGAAAGCUCCAGAAUGCGACAGUCUAUCAUGGACAUGGUCCCAGGAAAGACGUUUAGUUUAUAUUUACAGGCAUCAUGAGUGACUGAAUUUGGAUAGGUACUGUAGAAAAGGGAAAUGGUAACAGAGUGGAUCAUCGCUGGUGCAAUGGAUGGAUUACUGGGUUCAAAGAUAAAUUGGUGGUCAGGUUUUGUUCUGCUCCUCCUGAGCCAUGUGGUCCAUGCUCAGCUGUCGGUCAAUUUCUCAAUCACCACAAGCAGUGACUGCACCCGUCCCGCUGCCUGCACGCCCCUCCCUGCCAACAUGACACAGUGCCUCGGGACAGAGAUCUCCCACACCCACAUCUCCCUGUCCCUUGCCAAUGACUCCACGACCAUCCAGGAGGUCAACGAAAGGCUCGUCAUGUGGAAGGGGCUUCGGAACGUCCCGAAGUGCUGGGAGGUUGUCCAGCCACUUCUUUGCGCCCUCUACAUGCCAAAGUGCGAGGACGGGCGGGUGGAGCUGCCAAGCUUUGAUAUGUGCACCGUCGUCCAGUCACCUUGUAGGAUUGUGGAACUUGAAAGAGGCUGGCCACAUUUCCUGCAGUGUAAUGAAGAGCACAUGCCCAGAGAAUGUAGUGAGCCGAACUCCUACAAGGCAGUGACGUUCAACUUGACAGGUGGGUGCGAGCCGCCUCUGGUGGAGACUGACAAUGCGAAGAGCUGGUAUGAGAACGUAGAGGGGUGCGGUAUCCAAUGCAAGAACCCCCUCUUCACCGAUGAGGAUCAUCACAAAGUUCACAUCUUCAUCGCAGUGUUUGCUGGCAUGUGUGUUGUGUGCACCCUGUUCACACUGUGUACCUUCUUUGCAGAUUGGAAGAAUUCCAGCAAGUAUCCAGCGGUGAUCCUAUUUUACAUGAAUGGAUGUUUCUUCCUCGGUAGCAUUGGUUUCCUAGCCCAGUUCUCAGACGGCGCCAGAGACGAUAUCGUAUGCCGCCAUGAUGGCACCAUGAGAUUGGCUGAACCAAGUGAGGGGGAAAACCUGUCCUGCGUUAUUGUAUUCAUCAUCGUCUACUACUUCAUCUUGGCUGGUGUGUUCUGGUUUGUCAUGCUGGCCUAUUCCUGGCACCUCUCCUUCCGAGCCUUGGGCACACCCAAGGAUCCUUUGCACGGUAAAACAGCCUACUUCCACCUGAUAUCGUGGACCAUGCCGUUUGUCUUGGUGGUCAUUAUACUAGCAAUCAAUCAGGUGGAUGGCGAUUCUGUUGCAGGUAUAUGUUUUGUUGGAUACCAGAAUCACUAUUACAGAGCUGGAUUUGUGCUAUCACCCAUCGGGCUCUGUUUGGUGUUUGGAGGUUUCUAUCUUGUACAGGGUUUGAUAACAUUAUGCACAUUAGACAAAGAGAAUCCUGGUUUAUUGAGUGAUAAAGCAUCAACCAAAAUCAAAGGAACUAUAGCCAGAAUAGGUGUCUUUGCAUGUUUGGCAUUUGGUUUUGUGUUUAUCACAUUUGCCUGCCAUCUCUACGACUUCACCAACCAAGCUCAGUGGGAGAAGGGCUUUCAAGACUAUUUGGUGUGUGAAGCAAACGUCACCUUAGAGCGCCAGCUUGUGGACAACGUAGACACGUUGCCUACCUGCGCCCUGAAGACAAGACCCAACUUGACCAUCGUCAUGGUUCAUCUCUUCUCAAUGUUUGGGGCAGGCAUCGCCAUGAGUAUGUGGGUCUGGACCCCCGCAACCCUGGCUAUAUGGAAGCGGAUGUGGAGAAAGGUGACAAGACAACCAAUUAAUGAACCAGUCAAGCUGAAGAAAAGCAAGAUGAUUGCCAAAGCCUUUGCCAAGAAGAGAGAGAAGGGUAAUGAUGAUGAAGGAGACAGACUUUCACUCAGUUUUGAGUCGGCAUCCCAUGACGAUGCAAUAGGUAUGAAACUGGAUUUGCCACCUUCUAGCGUGGUUGGUGAUGACCCAACGUCAUCAUCCUCUUGGGGUAACAAUGUUCCUGUACGUAUGCUGGCCAGGAGGGGAGCAGCUUACCCAAUCGCCACUCUUGGCAACUCACCUCGCGCAACUCCAGACUCCUCUGACAGUGGCAGGCCACUAACAAGAGGCAGAACAACCCUAGAGACAGAGGCGGUCAUUGAGCCUCCGCCACGCAGCAACAGACGCUCCCAGUCCUCUAGGUCUAGGAGACAGGGUGUGAGUUCAUCUUCGAAGAAGCGGCGUCUUCGCAACAUGCACCACCCGGGUCGCCUGGAGACACCGCUGGAUGAUGCCUUCUCUGACGCGGAGGACUGCAUGGAGCUUCCGGAUGCUCCCGGUAUGAUUGGGGACGGGGUUGGUCUGCCGCAAGGAGGGGCGUGGGGUCACCAAGGAAGAUCAUUGUCCAGUGUUCCUGUGCUGCCUGCCAUUCAGCAGAAGAAGAGAGUCUCCAUCGUACAGAAGCCAACCAUGUUUCAGAUACCUGGUGAUAGCGGGAUUGAGCACGCCCUUUGAGGCCAAAAGAUUCAAGCAGAAGAAGAGAGUCUCAGAGAUGCCAGUCUUCAGGCUUUAUGCAUGAUUCCAUCCAGCCCUGGCAACUUUCAAUUUCAGGCCUUAUUUUAUGCUGUAAUGUACAUAUGAGGCCUUUCCAUGUUUUUGGCUUCUAUUCAGGCCUUGCGAGUAAAGCAUCCCUGGAGUUUCCGUCAUUCAGCCGCCAACCAUGUUGAAAUGUCUUGUGAGAGUUGGAUCAAGCAUGCCCUUUAAUGGACAACAAACUUGUGCUUAACUGCAUACCAGCAUUGUUCUACCUGAUAUUGUUAUAAUCUGCAUGGUGUCAGUGCAUAAGAUGCCAAGUUGCCAAUUUUUUCUGUAUUGACUAUGCUUCCUUGCUGUAUAUUUUUUCAUCUUCAGUUCUAGCUUGUUUGGCCGAUAAAACUUUUACUUUGAGUGGGGAGGAUUAGUGAGAGAAUUGUGAGAACUUGCUCAAACAUUUGUAUCGAUAUUUCAUCUUACUCAUGUGGAGAGCCUUUGGAGUUGAGCUCACUGGACACUAUUUAAUAGUUAACUCUAAUUUACUUAUUGACUAUUUCAGAUAAUUUGAAUGAUUUUGAGCUGGAAUCAAACCAUCUCUCUUGAAUUUUGCUCCCUUUAUUUGAACAUGAAUAUUACUGGACUGUUCUAAGUGAAUGUGCUUGAUGAAGUGUACUUAAUCAUGAAAUCUGUAUUAAUUGUGAUCUAAUUGUAUCCAAACUGCCUUUGAAUCCGGCCUGUAUGAUCAGUGAUCAUCAUUUGUAUUCGACAUGUACAUGCAACAUUAUAUGCAAGUUUCAGUAUUCAAACUGGAAAAAAAGACUGCCUUGCUAUUUCUUAAACAAAGCCAAAAAACCUUGAUUACUAUUAUAAGGUGCUACAAAUUCAACCUGUAUAUUAUUCAUUAACCAAAGAUAUGUAUCAUCAGUAUUCAAAAAUAUCUGUAUUCGUGUCAUAAAUAUGCAAUAUAUAUUGCGGGGUGGUUUUAAAGGUACUUAAAAACAAUUUUAUGGUAUGUUUGUCUUCACGUAUUCCCCAUCUUGUUUAUAAUGAAGAUACUAUGUGUGCUCAUCAAUUCAACUCAUUAUGUGUACAUAGACACACAAAAAAUGAGUAUGUAUGAAAAGUGAACUCAGCAAUUUUUUUUCUUUUGACAUUUUGUUGUUUGUGCAUGGGUACAAUCAUCAAAAUGUGAUAUUUUUAACUUGUGAGUACAUAAGGAAUGUAUAAACUGUAACGUUGUGGCCCAGUGGAUUAGUCUUCUGACUUUUUAAACAGGGUCUUGAGUUCGAAUCCCAGCCAUGGCGUAAUUUCCUUCAGCAAGAAAUUUAUCCACAUUGUGCUGCACUCAACUUAGGUGAGGUGAAUGGGUACCCGGCAGGAUUAAUGCCUUGAAUACACUGAGCACAGAAAGUCAGCUCGAGCUUAAGUCUUUGUAAUAAUAAUAAACACUGUGCCUUGGAUUGAUUAUUUCUAGAUGGCGCUAUAUAAAUGCCUAUUAUCAUUAUAAAGGGAAAUGGAAAGCUAUGCAUUCUUGAAAAUAACUUUUUAUCUACCUUCUGUGCCCAAUGUCAUAAAUUCUAUGUGCCUUACGGUUUUGAAUUGGUGCUUGUUUUAUGCUAGAAAUCUAAGCACAAAUUAUGCAUUCCCUCUUCCAAUAAUUGCAUGAAUGCAUCUAGUCUUCCUGUCCCUAAAAAAAACAUUUAACUCUUCCGUUGCUACUGGAACUGAGUGCUAUUUAAUGGGUUAAGACUUUGUCAAGCAUUGGACUUGUAUUUGUUUUCAUGUUUGACACUUGUGUUUCCCAGUGAUUACAUGCCAUAUAUUACAAGUUAGCAUCAAGAAAUAGCAUUUGCAGUUUUGUUUUGUCAACAUUUCUUUCAGCUUGAACCCCCCCAUUUUUUUUAAUCCUUUGUACGCCACUGCUGAAUACUAUGUAAAUGAAAAUAUACACAAAUUAAAAGAGAAAAGUUGAUAUGUGUGGUUAUUUGUAAUUCAUUGAAUGAAAUUCAGAUUUUCUCCACCAAUGACUUCAAGGAAAAUAUAGUUUCGAGCUGAACGUACUUCAGUAGGUCAAAUUCUUGCUUUAUUUUUAUCUUUAUCUUUUAAUUACGGUAAGACUCAUUCUUAU